GCGGCUGCGGCUCCGGCAGCCCCGGGCAUGGCGGGGCCGGGCAGCGACGGGGACCUGCGGCGCCUGCUGAAGCUGCACCGCACUGAGAUCGCCAUGGCAGUGGACGACGUCUUCCCACUGCUGCAUGGGCUGGCUGACCACGAUGUCGUCCCUGAGCACAUCUUCAAGGAGACGCUGGGCCGGACGGAGCGGGAGGGCUCCCACCGCGCCUUCCAUGCGCUGCUCACCUGGCUGCUGGGCCGCGACACCGCCGCCCUCCGCGACUUCUGGGCCGUCCUCUUCAAGGACUACAACCUGGAGCGGUACUCCCGGCUCCGGCCUCUCCGCGGCGCCUUUCCCAGAGAGGUGGAGCUGGGGCGGCAGCGUCGUGGAAGGCGUCUCUCCCCGAGCCCCACAGCACCGGCCCCACACAGACCCCAAGGCAAGAGGAAAGCCCCUGAGGACCGGGACAAGGCCCGGGCGGCACAGCCCGCUCCACGGCACAGCACCAGUCCUGCUGCAGGGCCCCUGGUGAAGGCAAAGACUGUGAAGAAGCCGGAGGGCACAGAAACCCCCCGCACCUCUCGUGCCAGCGCCCUCCAGGCAGUGGCUGCCUCGGUGCAGAGAGCGGUGGCCGUGGCAGGUGGUGAGGUGCCCGUCAGCCGUGGGGCCAUCGAGGGCAUCCUCAUUAAACAUGUGCUGGAUCCAAGCAGCUCCAAGACAGGCAGCAGAGCUGGGGAUGAGCCAUAUAAGUCAGCUGCCUGCGAAGAGCCAGAGGCCAGGAGCAGAAGUCACAACCUGAAGCUCCCCCAGCCCAAGGCAUGCCAAAGUGUAUACACACCCCUCUCAUAUGUUUUCACCCCCAUCUUCUGCAGCUGCCAAGGCUGUGAAGGAGGAUUGUUCCUGCAUGGCAUCAUAGCCAUCAUGGCCUGGGGGUGUCCCCCAGUGCAAGCAGUGCUUCUUCAAACCUCCUCUUGUCUCACCAACAGAACAGGGAAACGCAAUUGCACACCCAGGGCCAGCUGCCAGCAGCCACUGUGUACAGCCAGGACCCUGUGCCCCACCAGCGGGACAUGGCGAUGUGGCUCCUGUGUGGGGAAUGUGACUGAACCAGGCCAGCUGCUGGAGGCAGUCUUGCCUGUGGAGAGACCCCCUGAGAUCCUGGGGGAAGCAGCACGAGACACCCAGGCGGGUGGAGUUGAGGGGAGCAUCUGCAGCCGCUGCUGCACCCGGAUCCCCACUCCCCGACACUGUCCUGCUCCCAGUGGGGACCCCAGGGGGCUGCUGCUGUGCAUGUCCUGCACAGGCACCCCGGACACAGGCGGCCUGGGCACCCCUGCAGCAGCUGGAGACCAACUGCUUCCAGCAGCCAAGGCAGAGGACGGAGCCCUUGGCAGUGACCCUAUGCUGAGCCGGGACGAGCUUGAUGCGCUGCUAGGUGAGAGCACGUGGGAUGGGAUCUUGCAGUGGGCAUUCCAGACCAUGGCACGGCCACUCGCAGAAACACAGGGACUCCUCACCUAACGCACCGACGAAAGAGCAGAAACCACAACCCAAGUCAGGAAAAAACAGUCUCUAAGACAGAUGCUAAACAAGACGCACAGAGGAAUCAAUAAAGACAGAAAGUCACAGAAUAAAACACUGUCAGUU